CUUGGUCAUGUGACCUGAAGUGGACGCUGGUGUUUGAAGAGAGAGUUUUGAGUGAGUAACAAAUGAGAAGCUCACAUGGAAGAAGUAAAAACUAGUGCUGUUUAAGGAUGAAGCCUGGUGAUCCUCUGUGUUAGGAUUCCCACACCACGCUGGAAGCAUGGCGGGUAAAUGUAUGCCGAUGGAUCUCUUCCUCCACGUGUCUCUUGCUCCCUCAUUGUGUAUUGCAGCACUGCUGUCCUUCCUGCAGCACAGAGAGAAGAGGCACCCGUUUGAGGAGAGAUUCCCGUAUCUACAGGGCCGAUUCGGCAUCGUGGUGCCGCUGGAUUUUAUGGGCAGUUUGAGUAAUCGCUGGUCGUAUGGUUUUGCGUUCGGUGCCAUUACCCCUAGCGUCCUACUGCUCUUCUCUGAGUCAUACAUGCCACUUCCAGUUCCAUCAUGGGCCAGAGCUUUCCUGUAUUUAGUUGGUGCGAUGGAGGUGGGCGUGGCCUAUCUGCCUUUCUUUCUCUGUCUGUCAACACCACACCGAGCGCUCGGAGGAGUUCUGGGUCUGCUCUACACUGUGGCCUGGUUGACCGCAGGAUUAUUUGAAGUUAUCACGUGUCCUGAAGGUGAAGUUCUGGGUCAUUAUCAGAAGGUAAUAAUACAGUGGCCGUUUCUCCUGUGUCUGUGCUUCCUGAUUGGACGAUUCAUCACUAUGUUGGUGAAGGACGUACGAAUUCGCUUACAGUUUCAAAACGAGCAGCAGGUGUCACACACACACACACACACAUACACACACACACACACAUUGCUGGGACAACCUCCCGGACAGUCUGUGAAGAACAGCUGGUUCAGGAGGAAUGUGUAUGACUGGGAUCCAUAUUUUCAGUUCCCCAACAGAAUGAUUGGAACCUCUGUCAUCUGCCUCAUCGGACUCUACACGAUGACUCUAGCAGAUUACAGUCUCAGUGGAUUUAUUUAUCAGAGGAUGUUAGCAGUGAUCAGCUCUCUGGAGGAUUUGGCCAAAUCCAAUAACAACACCGAGAAUCUCUUAAUAUCAUUAUUACCUCACAUCACUGAGUUCAGCCAUGUAGCCUGCAAGUCCUGGGUUGCCACCACACUGUUCGCCACCCUGACAUCUGUUACGUACACAUUUCAUGUAUUAGUGUGUUACAGGAAGCACAUGAAGAGGUUGUGGGCAGGAAAGAAGAACUUCUUGCCAGAAAGAUACCACAAACCGAGCUCUGCUAUUAGUGUGGCUGCGAUUACACGAUAUUCAGGAUGGCAGAUCGCCUUCACGCUUUGGGGUUAUCUUAUCGUGCACUAUGUGCAGUUCAUGUUUGCGUUGCUGUUUGCGUAUCUGGUGGUGAUACCGAUCCAGAAAGAUGGGUUCCUGCCCUGGUUCUCCAGCCUGGUCACCUUACUGCUGACGAUCUUCAUCGUGAUCUCUCUGGUGGUGGUGCAGGUGGUGAUGGUUCGGAUCUUCUUCCUGCAGGACAAAUUAUCACCUGAUGAUAAUGAUAAACCUUUAGCACUCAGCAACAGGAGAGCCUUCAACAAUUUCAACUACUUCUUCUUCUUUUAUAACGUCAUCAUGGGGCUGAGCAACUGCAUCCUCAGACUGCUAAACAGCUGCAUUGUGGGAACGUGGCUCGUUCCACGCAUCGACCGGACCAUCAUGCAGAGGGGCUACGAGGUCAUGGAUCCAGGUUACGCUACCUGGGUGGGAAUGAUAAUAGCAGAUCAUCAUCACAACAAUCCAGUUCUGGUGUGUUUCUGCCACCUGCUGCUCAAACACACACUGCAGAGACAGAGGGCUGAGAACACCUACGCUCAGUUCGACAACGCAGAAUUCCCUGGACUCAGCAGGGUCCGAACCCGCUGGCUGCUCCUCUACACCCUGCUCAGAAACCCAAAACUCAUCCUCUUGAGGAAGAGACACCACCAUAGCAACAACCUCCAAAGCAACCAAGAUCCACUCGCCAUCGCCCGGGUGAUAACGAUGUCGUCACAGCUCGAGACGAACCAAUGUAUCCGACAACAUAACGAUGAUGAAUCUACGACAAACUUCCAGAGUCUCUCCUCUAACACAGAGAACACGCUACACCCCGAUAUCAGCGUCUGAAGCGGGAGUCACGGGAAAUCGAGAGCUAGCUAAUAUCCUGUGUGCUAAUAGGCUAAAGGGGUUACUCAAAAUCUACGUUCUGACACAGAAACGCUAAAGACACGUGUACAGAUAAUGUACAAAUAACACAGCUUUAAUGUUACGCUUUAUUCAUGUACUACACACUCAGUUUGACAGACUCAGUGCAUUAUGGGUAAUCCUUCACACACUUAUUUCUUCUAUUAUUACGACAUUUUUAACAUUUACUUAAAAUCAGCCUGAGAAUUAUAAGAUUGAUUUCCUGAAAUCGUUGCUCGAGGCUACAGGCACAUGUGGAAGAGGUUAUAGCUGUUGGAACACUGUUGCUAGGCAACUGGAAAAUUCUGGACUUAGCUUAAGCUAGCUUGUUUAUAGUCAGUUUGUUUUAUAAAGACAAUGUAAAGGCACAGUGUCAGUGGAAAUGAUGGAGAAUCAUCCGGAACAUCUACAUUUACCUCAGAUGUGUUGCUAAAAUAUUAAUAUAUGAGAUAUAAAAGAUGUUUUUUUAUACAAUUAGCAUCCACUGCUAACCAAAAGGGCUCUUUUUUUUAUCACUAUUUCCCUGUCAUUUUUGUUGAAUGAUUUAUGACAAUAAAAGAAGUUUUGAAGU